AUGAUUUCGACUAGAUGGACGAGUCGCAAAUGGUCCCAAUACGCCAUGCCGCGCUGGAGUCGCUCUUGCAAGAAGAAAGAGCCUGGGCGAGUCGCUUACAGCCCCGUGGCCACUAGAUCUGCUCUUUUGUGUCUCCCCAGGGAGCUCAGAGACAUGAUCUACGAAUACACCAACCUGCUCCCAUGCAAGCAGCUACUCAGAACCCAGUUCUCCAUGCCAAACGGAAAUGAGAACAAGCUUUGGUCAUGCGAAGCUUGCGAUAACUUGGCUCCCCACUGCUACUGCUACCGACCGCCUCUCCUUCUCGUCUGCAGUCAGAUACGCGACGAGGCACUCGACUUCUUGUUUGCCCGCAACCUGUUUCAGCUUCCGGCAGACGGACUAGGCCUUCUGAUACAAUACUUAUCGAACUUGGCCCAGAUUCAUCGCAGAAUCAAAGGGCCCAUCCGCCCGCCGAAGGACCUCCGGUCUCUCUGGGCCGAGUUCCUUGGCCGCGUUCGUUACCUCUGUAUCAGUCUCGACAAAGAUCUGCUCGACAGCCCUACUCUCGUAUCGUCUGCGCUUCAGAACUCGCCCAGGCUGACCGAGAUUGUUCUUUCCAAGCACCACGGGCUCGACGCCCAGAGACCGCUCGAGGGUUUACUCGUCGAGCUUGCCAAGAUCCCCAGCCUGACAUCGAUCAAGCUGGCGAAAGGCUUCGAGGCGGGAGACGACGAUGUGGUUUCCAGAAUCACGGGCCUUCCGGCCCAGCUGAUCUGCUGGUGCAAUUACGGGGAACCGUGGGGGCCCAAACUGUGGAAUCCGCUCCGGUCUUUUUCAGUUGGGAGUAUCUCCUUCGCGAUGCUUGGCUGCUACAUCACUGAUAACCUGGACGGUCCCAUGACGGAAUGGCACGUCCCGCAUUUGGCCAAGAAACAUACGCGUCACUGGGACAAUCGGAUCGAUCCCGGGCACUAUACGGCUCAAGAUCUACUGGCCAAAGAAAUUCGACGCCGACCAAGUUUGCAUUGCUUCAAGGAGUAA